UCACUUAUGUAGAAACACAAAACACACUUCACUCCUUAUCCCAUCUUCAAUGGCUUCCCUUCUGCAAAUCCUCCAUUUCCUAUCCAUAACUUGCCUUCUCUUCUGUGGUGUUGCUACAUCAAAUCAAAUUCCCAAGCCUUAUGUCGUUUACAUGGGAAGUUCAUCAUCAAAUAAUGAUGAACAUAUUCAAGCUGCAGAGUCAGCUCAUUUGCAAUUAUUGUCCUCCAUUAUUCCAAGUGAAGAGAGUGGGAGAAUAUCAUUAAUCCACCAUUAUAAUCAUGCUUUCAAAGGGUUCUGUGCCAUGCUUACAGAGACUGAAGCUUCUAUAUUAUCUGGCCAAAGUAAUAUAGUAUCAGUCUUCUCUGAUUCUUUUCUUGAACUCCACACAACACGUUCCUGGGAUUUCUUGGCAGCAGAGUCAGGCGUACGAGCAAGCCAAAGAUAUAAUAAGCAUGUACCUAGUGAUGUUAUAAUUGGGAUGGUAGACACAGGGAUAUGGCCGGAGUCUCCAAGUUUCAAUGAUAAGGGGAUUGGAAAAAUUCCUGCAAGAUGGAAAGGAGUUUGCAUGGAGGGACCUGAGUUCAAGAAAUCCAAUUGUAAUAGGAAGUUAAUAGGAGCAAGAUACUACAACAUUCCACUGGCAUCCAAUGAAAACAAGGCCAGUCCAACUAAAGCCACUGGCUCACCGAGGGAUUUUGAAGGCCAUGGGACUCAUACUGCAUCUACAGCAGCUGGUGCCUCAGUUGUCAACGCUAGUUAUUAUGGCUUAGCACGAGGCACUGCAAGGGGCGGCUCUCCUUCAGUUAGGAUUGCAGGCUACAAGGCAUGCUCAGAAGAAGGAUGCAUGAGUUCUACCAUAUUGAAGGCCAUUGAUGAUGCAAUUAAAGAUGGAGUAGACAUAAUAUCAAUUUCCAUUGGGAUGAACUCAUUAUUUCAAUCUGAUUACUUAACUGACCCCAUAGCCAUUGGUGCAUUUCAUGCAGAGCAAAUGGGGGUCCUGGUUGUUUGUUCUGCAGGGAACGAAGGUCCUGAUCCUUACACCAUUGUUAAUACGGCUCCAUGGAUCUUUACUGUUGCAGCUUCUAAUAUUGAUAGGGAUUUUAAGUCUACUGUGCUUCUUGGAAAUGGGAAAACUUAUCAAGGAUCUGCCAUUAGCCUCUCAAACCUCACCUAUGCGAAGACAUAUCCACUUGUUUUUGGAAAAGAUGUUGCUGGUAGUUAUGUCCCUAUGUAUGAAGCAAGAAAUUGUCGUCCAGGAUCUUUAGAUCCAAAGAAAACCGCAGGCAAGAUUGUUGUUUGCGUUGACGAUGACCCAACUAUUUCAAGGCGAAUCAAGAAACUAGUGGUAGAAGAUGCAAAAGCCAUAGGGAUGAUUUUGAUCAGUGAGAUUCAGAGAGGUGUAUCAUUUGAUUCAGGCACUUUCCCAUUUACAGAAGUUGGCAAUGUUGAAGGAUUACAGAUUCUUAAAUACAUUAAUUCUACCAAGAAUCCAAGAGCAACAAUCCUUCCAACAAUAGAAGUUCCAAGAUCUAAACCUGCACCUGUUGUUGCAUAUUUUUCAGCCAGAGGUCCUUCACCCCUUACGGAAAACAUCUUAAAGCCUGAUAUAAUGGCUCCAGGAGUGGCCAUUUUAGCUGCCACAAUUCCAGAAAGAGAACCUGGGAAUGUUCCAAUAGGUAUGAAGCCAUCCGAAUUUGGCAUAAAAUCUGGAACAUCAAUGGCUUGCCCACAUGUAACAGGCGCAGCUUCACUGGUUAUGUCAGUGCAUCCUGGAUGGACUCCUUCCAUGAUCAAAUCAGCACUUAUGACAACAGCAAGCUUGUAUAAUAAUAUGAGGAAACCUUUGACAAACAAUUCAAAUAAAUCAGCAAAUCCACAUGAGAUGGGGGUUGGAGAAUUAAGUCCACUCAAAGCUCUCAAUCCAGGAUUGGUCUUUGAGACCACAACACAAGAUUAUCUUCAAUUCCUUUGUCAUUUUGGUUAUUCACAGAAGAUAAUAAGAUCUAUGUCAAACACUAACUUCAACUGUCCAAAGAACUCCACUGAGGAACUCAUCUCAAAUAUCAACUACCCAUCUAUCUCUAUAGGUAUACUUAGUAGACAUCAUCAAACUGCCAAAACAAUACAAAGAACUGUGUCCAAUGUGGGACUCUCAAAUACCACAUACAUUGCUAAGGUGCAUGCUCCUAUGGGAUUAGUGGUCCAGGUGUUUCCUAGGAAGCUUGUGUUUUUCAAGGGUGUGACAAGGUUGUCUUACAAAAUCUCAUUCUUUGGCAAGGAAGCUCCUGGUGGUUACAACACUGGGUCUAUUACAUGGCGUGAUGGUCGACAUUCUGUCCAGACAAUGUUCACAGUGAAUGUUAAAUAAUUAGCAAGUACUACUUAAAGAAAAUAAAAUUUUGAAAAA